AUGCUCCGCAAACAGUUGUUUCGCCAGGUCCGCACCGUCUCAGAGUCGCUGUCUGCGUCGCCGCAUCUGAUACGGCGGUCGCCAUUCUCUUCCGCCACCUUCAUUGCUCCCCGGGCAUGCAGACCUGCCUCCCUCUCAUCACGGAUAGGGCAGAGAUGGCAGUCCACAGAGGCACAGCAGCAGAAACCUGCCACGGAUGCGGCUCCUUCAUCGGAAGAGGCAAAAGCUGUCGAGGAGGCUAAGCAAGAUCCUCUCAAGGAAGAGCUUGAGAAGGCCAAGAGGGAGGUGAUAGACCUGAAGGACAAAUACCUCCGCUCCGUAGCCGACUACCGCAACCUGCAAGAACGGACCCGACGAGAUAUGGAAUCCGCACGCCAGUUCGCCAUCCAGCGGUUUGCCACCGACUUGCUCGACUCGAUAGACAACCUCGACCGUGCCCUCUCGUCGGUGCCUCAGUCUGCUCUGGGGCUCACCUCAGGCACAACUACCACCUCCAACACCUCUUCCGCGGACUCCAACGUCGCGGCCUCCGCCGAGUCUACCUCAGAACCGAACAAGGACUUGGUCAACCUGUUCUCGGGCCUGAAGAUGACCGAGGACAUCCUCAUGUCCACGCUGAAGAAGCACGGCCUGGAGCGGUUCGACCCAAUGGAGGGCGGAGGGCGCAAGUUCGACCCCAACACCGACGAGGCCACGUUCUUCACAAAGGUCGAGGGGAAGGAGGACGGGGACGUCUUCUACACCCAGAGCAAAGGAUACCGAUUGAACGGGCGUGUCGUGAGGGCGGCCAAGGUCGGGGUCGUCAAGAACUCUUAG